CGGAGCUGUCUAUCGAUAAACCGGAGGCAGCUCCUUCACUGUUUAUGAGAUAGCUGUGGGUAGUGUUAGCAGCUAACAACUAUUGUUAGCUCUCCUUAUUCAUAGUUUAGCCUUCUGCCACUGGUAAUCUUCGUGGAAUGCUGGCAGGAAGACUUCUCCGAAGGUAGAAGGUAGAUCAAUGAAUACUUAAUAAGAUGUCCUGGUUUGCUCAUGUGCGUCAAGAUCUUAUUCAACAGCCAUCAACGGUGACCCCUCCUUUUGAGACAGCAGAACAUAAUAGGAUUUAUUCGUCGCCAUCGUCUUCUGCGGAUUUUCCAAAUGCUCCACUUGACUUUAAACCACCCUCCUUGGUAGAUUUGGCGUGUACCCCCCUUGGAUCCGGGUCGGGGAGGGUAUCCCCUCCUCUUUCGUAUGUAACUCUUCAGGAGCAGCGCUGUGUAUUGAGCUGGUUUCUGGGAUGGGGACCUACUCAAAGACAGCAUUUUCUGGAGGACCUCAUAGCCAAAGCUGUGCCUGGAAAAGUGUGCAGUCUAUUGGAGCAACUUACUACAAUGGAGGUAAAGGACCGGGUCCCUAACAUCUUUGAGUGCCAGCUCCGGUUAUGGACGCAAUGGUUUGAGUCUUGGACUGAGGAGGAGAGAAACUCCUUCAUCAAUUGCCUAGAGGAGAGAGACCCCAUCUUUGUUGCCCACUUCUAUAGAGGGGUGGCAGGCACAGCUGGGAGGAACUGAACCAUUAUUUUUAAGCCAUUAUCAGCCAGGCUUUAGCUUUCUGUUGACAGUGGAUAAUUGCAAACCACAAUCUUCUGCAUUAACUCUUGCAGCAUUGCUACUUUUUAUGUAGACUACUUCAACAAAAAAAAUGUCAGAGCUAUUGAGAAGGUGUAUAAUGUCAUGGACCAGAAGAUAAGGUGUGAAACGUUUAGGUCAGGGUGCUAUGCUUUUUAUAUCGUAGUCCUGAAAAAUGGAUUAGGAAUUAUAGCAUUGUUAUACCUACUGAUUUUUCAAUUAUGUCUAACUAUGUGAAAAGAAUUUAUAAUAAAGACAGCCAAAAGCAAA